AUGGAUAAUUUUUCAAAACGGGUAAAAACAUUUGAUGCGUUCCCAAAAGUAGAUCCUCAACAUCAAGUGAGGUCAGAAAGAGGUGGAUUUUCAACGAUACUAACGUAUUUUCUUGGUUUAUUAUUAUUAUGGAUUGAAAUUGGUGGAUUUUUAGGUGGAUAUAUUGAUAGACAAUUUAUGGUUGAAAAUAUAAUAAAAUCAGACCUUAGAAUUAAUGUAGAUAUGAUUGUUGGUAUGCCAUGUGAAUAUUUACAUACUAAUGUUGAAGAUAUAACUCGUGAUAGAUAUUUAGCUGGAGAAAUGUUAAAUUUUGAAGGUUGUAAUUUUUUUAUACCUCAAGGUUUUAAAAUAAAUAAUCCAAAUGAUUUUCAUGAUACUCCAGAUUUAGAAGAAGUUAUGCAAGAAAGUUUAAGAGCAACUUUUCAAACUGAAGGUUUAAGAGUUAAUGAAGGUGCUCCAGCAUGUCAUAUUUUUGGAUCAAUUCCCGUAAAUCAAGUUAAAGGAGAAUUUAGAAUAACUGGUAAAGGCUUUGGAUAUGCUGAUAGAAGAAAAAUACCAUUAGAAUCAUUAAAUUUUAGUCAUGCAAUACAAGAAUUUUCAUUUGGAGAAUUUUAUCCAUUUAUAAAUAAUCCAUUAGAUGCAACUGGGAAAGUUACUGAUAAAAAUUUACAAAUUUAUAUAUAUCAUGCAAAAGUCGUACCUACAAUUUAUGAAAAAUUAGGUUUAGUGGUGGAUACAAAUCAAUAUUCAAUAACAGAACAUCAUAGAGAAAUAAUAACCGAAGAUCAAUCAAAAAGAAGUAAUACAGUUCCACCAGGUAUAUAUUUUAGAUAUAAUUUCGAACCAAUUAAAUUAAUAAUUGCAGAAAAAAGAAUACCAUUUCUACAAUUUGUUGCAAAAUUAGGAACAAUUGGUGGUGGUUUAUUAAUAGCAGCAGGUUAUUUAUUUAGAUUAUAUGAAAAAUUAUUAUUAAUAUUAUUUGGUAGAAGAUAUGUUGAUCAAGGUAAAGAAAAGAGAAAUGGUGGUAUACUUGAUAAUAAAUAA